AUGAAAUUCGAGGAUAAAUCUGAGACAUCCUCAAGCCAUGGUGGACUGAGUGCUGCAGGAGCUGUACCUGUCCCCCAGCUUCCAAAAUUGCAGGAAAGUGUGUGCAACUCUAUGUUCUUCUGUUGA